AUGGCCGGCAACACCUCACCUGUGAACCUACUGCUGUUAUCUGCUGUGUCCGGUGCUCCCAGUGUGACCUCCUCUGCACUGCGUGCACGGCUGGAGCAGAAACAGAAAAAGAAACGCCAGGAGCCUCAGAUGGUUCACUCCAACGGCGAGGACAAGAAGCCAAAGAAGAUCCGGACAAAACACACUGAUGAACAGACCCCACGGGCCGAAGCGAAGCCUGUGAACCAGAAAGUUGCAGAAAAGAAGCCAAGGAAGAAGAAACCAAGGGCGGAAGCAAAGGACCCUGAGCCCGAGAAAGAUCCCUAUGCCAAGUUCAUUAAGGACCCCAGGAAGAAGAAGGAGAACCCAGCAUCCUAUUUCACUGUUGGAAAAACAUACAAAAAGCAGCAGCAAGGGUCUGUGGUUGAGGAUGAGGAAGACGAGAAUGAGGAGGAGGAAGAGGUGUUAGAGGUGACCACAAAUCGUGCUAAAAAGAAAGCGCCAAGGGAGAAAAAAGCUAAACAGAAAGAGUCACAGUCAGAACAGUUUGACAGUGAGGAUUCAGAACCCAAUCCAAAAGCCACGAAGGUGAAGAAGAAGAAGAAGAAGAACACGGCCAGCAUGUUUCAGGCUGGAGGAGUUGCUAACAAGGAGAAAAAGAGCAAGAAGAAAGGGAAAUGCAAAGAAUCUGAAGAUGAAGAAAACGAAAUCUCCCAAAGGAACAGCAACAGAAAGGGAAAAUAUGCAAAGAAGAAGACAAGGGCUGAGUCUCCGACUGUGGAAAUCGAUGACCUUGAGAAGUUUGUGUUGCAGCCUGCACCCCAGGGCACUACCAUCAAAUGCAGAGUCACCAGAGACAAAAAGGGCAUGGACCGGGGCCUAUAUCCCACCUACUACCUGCAUCUGGACACUGAUGAGAACAAAAAGGUUUUCUUACUAGCUGGAAGGAAGCGGAAAAAGAGCAAGACUUCCAACUACCUCAUCUCAAUAGAUCCGACUGAUCUAUCCCGAGGGGGAGAAAACUUCAUCGGGAAGCUCAGGUCAAACCUGAUGGGGACCAAGUUCACGGUGUUUGACAACGGACUUAACCCCGAUCGGGGUAGGGCUGACCGUUCCAAUGUUCGUCAGGAGCUUUCUGCUAUCACUUACGAAACAAAUGUGCUUGGAUUCAGAGGCCCCAGGAGGAUGACAGUGAUUAUCCCAGCGAUGGACGAGAAGCAGGAACGUAUCCCCUUCCGGCCUCGUAACGAUAAGGACGGCCUGCUGGCCAGGUGGCAAAACAACAACACAGAGAACAUAAUUGAGUUGCACAACAAGACCCCAGUGUGGAAUGAUGAGACGCAGUCCUACGUGUUGAACUUCCAUGGGAGAGUGACUCACGCCUCGGUGAAGAACUUCCAGAUUGUUCAUGAGAAUGACUCUGACUACAUAGUGAUGCAGUUUGGACGAGUGGCUGACGAUGCAUUCACCAUGGAUUACAAUUACCCGAUGUGUGCAGUCCAAGCGUUUGCCAUCGCUCUCUCCAGCUUUGAUGGGAAACUAGCAUGCGAGUGA